AGCCGCCUGCGCGGGCGCCCCGCUGUCAAUCACGCGCAGGAGCCAGGCGGCAGCGGCGGCAGCGGCGAUGCAGCCCCGGCGGCUCACUGGCUGCACCUGCUCCCGGGUCGGGGGUCGCGGCGCGCAGGUGUGAAGAAUGCUUGGUUAAAAAGAAAGGUCAGAGAGUGAAAAACAAGAAGAGGAAGAGAAGGACUUAAAAAGUGAGACUCGGACCUUGUCCCGUGCAGGUUCGUGCCCGCCUCGUGGUCUGUAGCUGGGGAAGGAUGAGUUCGCGCGGCAGCACCCGCAGGUCCCAGCAGGCACCGGCUGCUGCUGAGGGCGGGUCCCCGCGCUACGGAGUCCGGUCCUACCUGCACCAGUUUUAUGAGGACUGUACCACCUCGAUCUGGGACUAUGAGGAGGAUUUCCAGAUCCAGAGGUCACCUAACAGGUGGAGCUCAGUAUUCUGGAAAGUCGGACUCAUCUUCAGCACGGUCUUCGUGAUUCUCGGGGUGACUGUCCUGGCCGGGGGCUUCCUUGUGCCCCCCAAAAUCGAAGCCUUUGGUGAAGCCGAUUUUGUCAUGGUCGAUAAGCGCGCUGUCCAGUUUAACGGAGCCCUUGACGCAUGCAAGCUGGCAGGAGCUGUUUUCUUCUGCGUUGGGGGCAUGUCCAUGGCAGGCUGCCUGCUGAUGUCAGUGUUCACAAAGAAUUACUCCAAAGAAGAAAGAUUCCUUCAGCAAAAGUUUAAAGAGCGAAUUGCAGACAUCAAGGUUCAUGCUCAGCCCGUUACAAAAGCUCCAGGCCCAGGGGAAGCCCAGAUUCCAGUCACUUUGUCCAGGGUGCAGAAUGUCCAGCCUGUAUCAGCAACCUGAGCCGUGCCCCCCAGACCGCCCCCUCCAGUCUGGGCAUGGCGUUCAGAUGGAGCAGGUCCGCCUCUGAGGCGGCUAGGCCCUGACGCAGCCUUGCCCCAUGGCCAUGCGCCACCCUGGCAGGUGCGUGCAGUCAGCUCGGAUUGGCGCUGUGUGUCCACCAUGCAUGCGCCGGGCUGCCCGCGGUGCCUCUGGGCACCCACCAGGAGCCCCCUGGAAGCCCCCUCAUGUGACUUUGUGCUGUUCUCUGUGUUAUUGGAAAGCACCCAACAGUUUAGACCAGACUCCCAGCAGCCAGUGUGAGCUGAUUUAGUUUCUAAUACUGGUGUUUUCUAAUCUCCCCUGUGUGGUGCUCCUCCCAUUCCUGUCCCACAACGUGGAAGAGACUGUCAUGUGUGUUCAUAGAAAAAUCAAGGUCCCUGAAUUGACCCAAAGAAUCUUUUAACUGUAUUUGAACAUGAGGUCCCUGAGAUUGGAUACAAAAUGAUUGGAAUUCUCCUCAAAUCUUUUUUGUUCUCUGCAGGUUUCUUCACUCAAAAGGCUAAAAUUUCCCACUUUGGAAUCUUGGGAGUGGCACAAAUACUAGGAGUAUCUAUUUAUGUACUGUCCAAUCACACACUGAAUUAGGAGCGAGGACAUUUGAGUCCUGGCUACUAAAUAUCUGUGUGACCUUGGGGCGAUCAUUUAACUGACCUCUCAAUUUCCCCAUCUUAUAACAGGGGUCCUGAACUGUGACGCCCGAGAUGCCCUUCUUGCCCUGUGGCAUCGUGUCUCCCUCACAGGCACGCUCACAGUGUCCCUGCGGCCACUGCCAGGCAGACCCUUUGAGGCCUGGGCCCUGGCAGAGUCGCAAGCCAGCAGCCCAGCCUUCAUGCUCCCCUCGAAUACCAACCCCAGCAGUUCCCACAGACUGUCACGUUCUAUGCAGACAAAGCCAGCCACCCUCACUGAGAAGCCCGAGCAGAUACUAACCAGGGAAAGGGUUUUCUUCUCUCAUAUAAGAUGUUUUAUUCUCCAGCAAGAUGUUCAUCUCAUCUUUUGGACUUUAUUUAAUCUGUGGGUUUAAACUGGACUGAGGAAAGUGAAACAGGACCUUCUCUUCUCUGAGAAUCCAUGCAGCCGUGGAGUUCUGUCUCUUGUUUUCCUUCCUUCACCAAAUAAAAUUUGUGAGC